AUGGAUAUUGCAAAGCCGGUUGGAGUGCCACUGGGAAGCCAGUUCAGGUUGUCCAACAAGGAUUCGCCCAAGGAUGACUCUGAAAAGGAAAGGAUGAGAAUUACGACAUAUGCUUCAGCCAUCGGGAGCCUAAUGUACGCUACAGCCAUCGGGAGCCUAAUGUACGCUAUGGUCUGCACCCAGCCAGACAUAGCACAUGCAGUGGGAGUAGUCAGCCGGUUCAUGAGCAAUCCUGGAGUGAUGCACUGGGAGGCGGUAAAGUGGAUCCUUAGGUACCUGAGGGGCACUAAGGACCAGGCAUUGGUAUUUGGCAGGGGUACCCUUACCCUGUCUGGGUUUGUCGAUGCUGAUUUUGCAGGAAGUGAUCUUGACAAGAGAAGAAGUACUACGGGGUACGUGUUCACUUACGGCGGAACGACCGUAUCCUGGAUCUCAAAGCUGCAGAAGAUAGUUACAUUGUCCACAACGGAAGCUAAGUACGUGGCAGUGACGGAGGCAGCCAAGGAGCUCGUUUGGCUGCAAAACUUCCUGAAUGAACUUGGGAGACCUCAAGAGGAUGUGGCUCUAUAG